AUUAUUAAUUAGUAAUAUAUAAGAGUAUACCUAUAUAAGAAAAAAAGUAUUCCGAAUACCGUAUUAAAUACUUAUAUAUUUGCAUUGUUUAAUGUCAUUUAUACUUAAGUCGAUUUAUGUUACAGACUGAACUAUGGUCAAGUUGGCGUCCUCUUGGACCAAAGGGUCAGAGUAGGUGGGGUGGCGGAACUGAAGGUUCACCAGGAAAAUGGCUUUUAUAUUUUUUACCUGGUGACUAAAGUUUUAUACCACCAAAAACCAACUAUCCAGUCCCUAGCCACCACAUUGGUCCAGUUAAGGGAUAGAUUAAAAGAAUUAUCAAUUAAUUCUUUAAUUAUCCCGAAACUGGGCUGUAUGUUGGAUCAACUUAAUUGGUACCAGGUCCAUGCAUUAAUCAAGACAACAUUUGACAGUAGUGAUGACCUGCAGCAGUUAAAAAUCACUGUAUGCGAUCCCGAAAACUUUCAGAUACCAUCUCACUAUGUGGCCUCAAUAGAGGAGAAACGGAUUGAUUUAUUUGAUGUUUCGACGAAUUUCACGGUCAAAAUUUUACCGGUCGAAAUAACGUGCGCGUCAACAAACACGUUAUUCCAAAAAUGUUUGGCAAAUAAACUUUUAAGGCCAGAGUAAUUUCAUUGUUUUUAUAUUUAAAUUUGUAUCAAUAUACAAAACUUUCAAUUACUACGUUUACAUGAUGGCGUUAAAACGGUUUUAAACGGUUUAACUUUAAACCGUUUUAACGCCAUCAUAUAAACGUAGUAAUUUUGUAAUUAAAUUGUAUUUUAUAUCAAUGUAUAUUUUUACAGGUUGUGGGCGACGGUGCGCCUAGGACAGGUCGUCCGAGUCUCUGACACCUUCGUAAUAUGGGCAAUACAGGGCGAUGAUGUGACAUUUUUUCAGACUUUGGAAGCCCAAAUUAAUGAAACAGUGGCGAUAGGUCUUGAUUCAUUCAUUUGGGCAUUUCCAAAGUCUGAAAUGAUUCAUUAUGCCGCAUUUUUGUCCUUGGUAAGGUGAAAAUUGGCUGACAAUGUACCGCAGCCGUAUAAAAUAGUGGUGUGCGACCCAACUAUGCCGCCGCAAACAAUGCCUGCGGGAAAAUGGCCAAGAGGCAGAAAUCACCACCGGUCUUCACCUGCAAAUUAUAAUCCUGGCCAAGGCGGGAUUGUACGUGGUCGUGGCCAGCUGUUACGUGGUCGUGGCCAGGUGGUACGUGGUCGCGGAGAGAUGAUGCGUGGCGGAUAUUUCCACGGACGUGGUGGACGUGGUGGAUAUUGUGAACACUCGUCCACACCGUCCACGACAAUUUAUACGAACGCUCUAGACGCGUUAGGGCGCACCCUAACAUCUAUCGUAUCAGUCGUACGAUUGGCCACACAAGACUCAAGUCCACAACCCGCGUCAGGGUCAUCGAGGUAUUAUAAUCCCAAUUAUAUGCGUGGACGGGCACGUGGAUGGGCACGUGGACGGCCAUCAAUUAUGUGCCAUAACUGCCGGGAAUUUGGCCAUACGCGGCAGUACUGUCCUAACAAUUGUAAGUACCUAGGCAAAUAACUUAAAAUUAUUAUUUAUUUUACAUUAUGUAAGCUUCAAUGAACCCUUCGUAAUCCGCAAUAAUA